CUAACCCCUGUUGUAUACACUUUCAUGACACCAGAAAUGAUGGGAUGGGUCCUGAGUGUGGCUUCUCUUCUCAUCAUCUCCACCAACCUACUGGUGGUGGCUGCUCUCUUUCAGCUGAUGCGCAGGAAGGGCAGUCAGAGCUGGUGCUUCGUGCUCAACCUGGCCCUGGCAGAUAUCCUGGUGGGCCUGGCUAUCACUGGCAUUGUCACAGACGUGUUUCAAAAUUACAAUACCGUGAACAAUGGAACUAUUCCAAAUACUCAACCGCUACUCCUGAUGCACUCCACACAGAAGACCAAGUGUUUACUCCGCAUGGCCUUCAUCAUCUCCCCCUCAACUGCGUCCAUCUUGUCCAUGUUCCUGAUCUCUCUGGACCGCUACGUGGCCAUCAAGCUGCCGCUGCGCUACUCCCAGCUCACUGGGAGGUGGACCGUGACUGGGGCCCUGGUAGCACUCUGGAUGGUAUCCCUCACCGUUGGCUUCCUACCAGGUGGAACAACUAACCUCAAUUAUCUUAUUUCAGAGGGGACACAUGUCCCUAACAACAGGGUUACGUUUAAAUUCAGGGGGAUAAGCUGAGACUCAAUUUCUGAAUUUCAAUGUGCUUCCUGAAUAGACUAAAUUAGAAUUGACCCCAACACUGAUUGUUGAUCAACUUGAUAACGAACAUCAUUAUUUUAAUUUGAAUAUUCAAAAUACUAUAAAUAUAGAAUGUUAUUAUUCCCCUCUGC